UUUUUGGUAAAAAAUACAUAAUUAGCGUUCCUACAAGGGAGCUCAGGAGAGGGCAAUGCACUCUCUUGGGAAACUGGGUAAUCACGUUUUUUGUCGGCCGCGCCAAGACUGAAAGUAGAAGCCAAACAGGGUGAUAAUAGCAUAUGUAGAUAUCAUCGACGACCCACUGGGUGAGAAAAUGAAAAGAGCCUUCGCUGGACUGAGAUAGACAAGCUAAAUUUGUUUUUCCUCAACAAAUUACUAAGGUUAAUAAUAUAGCCUAAUAAGUUUGCGUAGGAGUAAUUAUUUCCUAUAUUCUUAAUCUUUUUCCGGCCCUUUACAAUUACAUUUCAUUUCAAAUCCCUCAAAAGGCUUCAAAGCUUUCUCAUCUUUUUUCGACUGUAGAGAAGAAGAUUUUUUGAAAGAGGGAGGACCCUACUUUCAAAUUGACAAGUCUGAUCUCGAGCAGCACGGAAACUUUCCAAUGAGAAAUGCCAAUGGCUGCAUUUGCCUUGGAUGUUGUGCUCUGAGCAUCGGACCCACAACGUAAGAAAUAAAUAAAACCAAACACUAGUCAUCCUCUUUGUCCUGGCACUUGAAACGCAUCAGCAGCUUUAUAGAGAAAAUUUCCAAUUUGUCAAGGCUUUAUCUUUCAAUCAACAUGUCGUUCAGUGUCGAUUCAACUUUUUCGAUAUAAAAUUUGGAAAAUGUUUUCACAAAAUUUUCUGUGUAAAAUUCAUUAUUUGCCAAAAUUGUCUGCAGUUCAUGGCCUCACUACGAAAACAUUGGCAACGCCACAACCAGCGAAGUCCAGGCGAAAUUUUGCCACAGUACCACCGACCGCGAGAAUAGGUGGGCCACAAAUACAAGGCGGCGGCAGCCCAAAGAAGCCAACAAUGACAACAAUAGGCGGCUUACGUGAAUUCCUACUACAUCCACUCACUUGGGAUCGCAACAACGGUUACUUCAAUAUAUUACUUGGCUUGGCCAUUUUUGGGUAUUGUUUCUGCACCGCCUGUAAGAGCGAAGGGCCGCGCACAGUUUCGUAUGAACAAAAAGGAAAGAAAUAAAAAUUAUGUAGCUACAUAAAUGGCGUUCAAAUGACCUCAAAGCAAAAACAUGAGUGGUAUUCUUCCUU